AUGAGAUACGGGAACUCUGAUGUGGGGGAUGACGAAGAGGAUGAGGCUUUUUGGGAGAAUCAUCACACGACUUUCUUCCAGCUCAUGGAUUGUUGUUUUAUUUCAGAUCGAGGCUGCCAUUUGUGCCAUCUCAUAUGGCAGGCUUUUCGAGUUCAAAGGCAACAACAACGUGAUCCCGAGGCUUACAAGCUGACAUGGCACAAAGGGAGCUUCAAGCUUGGAGUCACACGUCGUAUGGAGACCGUUCCUCGCGGUCACACCCUCCACCUCAAAUCCAAUAUCCAGAUAGUGAGCGGAAACAGGACAUCAAGAAAUUCGAAGGGAUUUGAUGCAACUAUUCUGAAUCUCGUACCUCCUGGCAAAUACCCAAAUACAUUUUACCCAAGCAUCGGGGACAGCACCGACUCUCACCAAGUUAUCGCGCAACUUCUUGCCUGGUUAAAUAAUUGUCGAUCGUCUCAUGAUAACUGCCGCCGGUCGUCCCAACAAAAGCCGACCAGACUUGUCCGAAUCGACUGGGCGAGUCAGAAAAUAGGGGUUGUACAUGAUAUCGACUCCGACGAAGAGUACAUUGCACUCAGCUACCGAUGGGGUGAUUCUGCAUCGGCAUACUGCUUGACAACAAAGACUAUGGCAGAAUUGUCUGCGGCUGGUGGUGUCGGAAUGGAGUGCUUGCCUCAGGUUAUCAAGGACGCCUGUCGCGUGUGUAGCUGGGUUGGGGUGAAGUAUCUGUGGGUCGACAGGCUUUGCAUACUUCAAGACAGUGUGGACGACUGGAACACGGAGGCAUCUAGAAUGGCUUCGGUGUACGGCAAUGGCCUUUGCACGAUAGCUGCGAGCUGUGCCGCUCAUGAUGACCAGAGUCUCUUCAGGAAACGUAGACCUCUCUGUCAUCAGCCCCUUCGUCUGAGCCGGUGUCCGCUCACCUCGGAACUCUCCCAGGAACCUUUGCUGGCGGUACCUGCUUUUGUUCAUCUUUAUGUGGAAAGAGAUCAGACGGGUUUUCUUGCAACGCGUGGUUGGGUCUUCCAGGAGCGACUUCUUUCACGACGGACCAUCUAUUUUGCCGAAGAGCAAGUCUACUGGGAAUGUAUCGAACAGAAAGCCAGCGAUGCGUGGCCAGAGGGAUGGAACUCGAAGUUGGAAUCGUAUCACCAGAAAAUCGCAGAGAUGGCAGAGGACAUGGACCAUUCGAAGGCAAUGGCUGAAUGGGACAAUGUCGUUCAGGCUUACACGGAGACGUCAUUCUCAAAAGGCAAGGACAGAUUACCGGGUCUUUCUGGUCUCGCACACGAUUUCAAAAGCCGGUGCCUCAGUGAACAAGAUACUUAUCUUGCCGGUAUGUGGAAAUCUCACAUCAUACAAAAUCUUUGCUGGUUGGCUCGAGCAUUCCCCGGCAGUACCCAUUACGAAUAUUCUCGAUUCAACUUUCCCGAAAGGUAUAGAGCCCCUUCGUGGUCAUGGGCUAGCGUUGAUCUGCCGGUUGAGUGUGGCUUUUCGAUAGGGUAUGGAAAAGAGAGCUCUCUCGCAGACUUCAGGGAUGCGCAGCUGAGCUUCGAAGGCAAUGAUCCGCACGGUGCAAUGUGCGACGGAUGGCUGAAGCUCUCAGGAUUCUUGAAUGAAGUCACGGUCAAUUGGGACGAUUUCGUUUUGAGACAAGGGAGUAUUAAUGGGAAACCUACCGUCGUCCGAGGGCCUCAAGGAGAAGUUCUGGAUGGUCUGAGCUUUUACAAAGUGCAUUUGGACUUUAAUUUGCACAAUGUUUGGCCAUGGCCCGAAAUUCUGAGUAGACGGAUAUUUUGUCUUCCUUUGGUACACUCUGAUCUUGGCGAUUCAAAGUACUACAACGAGUGUUUCUGUUUGUUUCUAGCUCACAAAGGGAAUUCUUAUCAUCCCCGGCCGAGGAGAAAGAGACUGAUAACAUCAAUGGGAGAAAGCGCAGUUGAAUAUCAAAGAAUUGGGGCGGGAAUAGUUUCUUAUGAGUACGAAGAGAGCAAGUUGUGGGAUGAAUGGCUCGCGAGGAGUCCAAAGCAGGAUGUUGUAAUUCGUUAG